CACCGGGAGCUGAUGACACUGUACUUUCCGUGAUCACAACAGUUGUGUGAAGCAGGCUGUAUUUUUCCGCUGGUCAUCCGUCGUUUACCGGCCCAGUUUCUCCUUUAUUCGCUGUUUUAUUUUAUAUUCGAGUGUUUAAACAUGAUGCAGUUCAUAGUUGGAUUCACUUUGGGGAAUGUGCUCGGGAUGUAUCUGGCACAGAAUUACGAGGUUCCCAACAUUUCGAAGAAAAUUGAGGCCUUUAAAAAAGACGUGGAAGCGAGGAAGAAGCCCCCAGAGUGACGAUGCUGGAAGAACUGAGUGGAAAAAACGAGAAAUUAUAAUGGAAACAUGGACAUAUUUGGAAAAACAGCACACGUAUUUUAGAUCCUAAUUGCUGACUUUGUUCUGUGCUUAGGAAGCUUAGGUUUCUAAUCUCAGUUCAGACGUAAGUUGUCGACCAGUGCCUAAAUAAAAAAGAAGAUGGAGAUUUAAUGUUUGAGGUUUAUAUAUUUUGCAGUACUAUUUAGCACUUUUAUUGGUUAAAAAUAAAAAAAAGUGUUUGAUGUGACCUUUAUGAUAUUUCGUUACAUGAUAAAAACUGAUAUGUUUAUUUGAUUUGUAUGAAAAUUAUGAUGUUAUUUGCUUAUCAUUUUGGAUUUUAAGUUACAAAUUAAGCUUUCUCUUGGACUAAAAUGUCUUUAAAAGUUGUUUUAAUGUAAAAUACACACUUUUUGUGUUCUAAUAAUCACUCCUUAACAGCUGUCUUGCCUAUAAAUGAGUACAAAUCAUAGCUGUCCAAUGAAAAAGAUGCAUUUAUAAAAGAGCAGAAAAGUUAUACGAGAGAGAUAAAACCUUCUCAACUUUCAGUAAAAGUCGAUGUAAAAGGAGUUUUUUCUGUAAUUUUGUUAAAUUUCUAUUGAUCUUUUCUUUAAAAAAAACGCAGAACACAGUGUAAAGGAUAGUUUUUAUUGGACAGCGAUGAUAUUAAGCCUUAUAAUUUGUAUUCUUCAUCUACUACUCAUAAAGGUUCACCUCACGCAGAUGUGUCCUCACUGCUGCCUUGUUUUGAGUUGUAUUGCCAUUGAUCCCUGAAUUGAAAUGCCCAGAAUAGCUAAAGACAUCAUUAACUCAUUCAGUCCCUGAGUGGGUUAAUCCUUUAUAUCCUCUUAAUGGAAUUCGGGUCCAAGUCUUGACCUAAUCUACUCCUACUCCUAUUAUUACUUGAUAAAUAUACCGUAUUGAUUCAUUAUUAGCACUGGAAAUAAAAUAAACAAAGACAUUGUAGUGACCAUGUAAUAUAUAUCAAUAAAAUUCCAGUUUGGAACAUA